CCACACACACGCACUCUCUCUCUCUCUCUCUCUCUCUCUCAGUCUACUACUUUCUUCAACGCUCUCUCUUUACCCACUCUGUAUUCAACUCUUCUUCCACCCAAAACUCCAAAGAAAAGUCCCACUAAACAUUCCCAAAAAUCCCACUGAUCAUUCGAUUCCUACUAAUAGUAGCUCGGUUCCCCUUGUUGGUCUCAUGUCCUCUCUGUGAAUCUAUCGACGAAUCCAUAGCCUUUGUUUCAACUCUUUUUUUUUUCCUUUCAAUCCCAACUUUUUAAGCUCCUUUUUAGUCCGAUUUCCAGAGUUGGACAUCGCUUUUUAUGGUUUCCAAUGCGAACAUCAGCGAGAUGGAUCGCAGCCUGAGUAUGUCCUAUCCGAUCAAAUUCACCGAGCACCGGACCGUCACAAAGAAGCUCACCAAGCUUAGAAACCCCUCCAAUGGCCUCAAACACAAUUCCGAAACGCCCAGAGUCGUCCGGCUAUCGGUUACUGAUCCCGAUGCUACUGACUCGUCCAGCGACGAAGAAGAAGAGCUAUUUCCCCGACGAAAACGAGUCAAAAAGUUCGUGAACGAGAUUCUCAUUGAACCCACUUGUAAAAAUAAUGUUACUGGUGCUACUAGUGUCAAGAAAAAGAAAGAAGCGGCUAAGGCGAGAAGGAGUUCGCCGGUGGGCAAUGGCCGGAAGUUCAGAGGAGUCCGGCAGCGGCCGUGGGGGAAGUGGGCGGCGGAGAUCCGGGAUCCGGCCCGGCGGGUCCGGCUCUGGCUGGGUACCUACGACACGGCGGAGGAGGCCGCCGUGGUUUACGACAACGCCGCCAUUAAACUCCGCGGCCCGGACGCUUUAACCAACUUCAUCACCCCGCCGGCGAGAGACUCCGACCCGGAAACCAACCCGAAGACGCCUGUUUCCGGGUACGAGUCCAGCGACGAGUCCAACAACCUACCUUCUCCGAUCUCAGUGCUCCGGUUCAGGACCCGGUCCAGCGAGGAAGCUGAAUCUCUGAACCGGUCUAAAUCGGCCCCAGAAAUCCACGAGUGCUUCUCGGUUCAAGUUCCUGAACCCGGUCCACAACCGAUUCAAGCAGUUGAAGACUAUUUGCCGAUGGACAUUCCGUUCAUAGACGACUUCUUUAACUUCGAGUCACCCGAGCCAAUACAGUUCGAUGAUGUGCCGGCUCUACCUGAUCAUAGCUUCAGCGCCGAUUUCGGCGACGCAUUCGUUGAUUUUGAGCCAUCAUCGGGUUGCCAAAUCGAUGAUUACUUCGAAGACCUUUGCGGAGAUUUCUUUUCUACGGAUCCGCUCAUGGCACUAUGAUGGUUCCUCGGAGCUUCCCCGCCGUCCGAUUGCCGAGUAUUCGGCAAAUUUUGCAUCAAAGGCGGCAAAAAGUCGGCUUCUUUUAUGGGGUGGAAUUUAUGUCACAUUGUUCUUCUUCUUUUUCCUUUAUGAAUAAGACUUAAGACUUGUAAGAGUAUAAGAUCUUGACGAGGCAAUUUUGUAUUACGUAAUUUAUUUUAUUAUUAUAUUCGUGCUAUUAAUUAAUUGAGAUUAUGAUGAAAAAUUCAGCGGCAA